AUGUCAUCUGCCAAGGGCGUUUUCGAGCAGGGCUACCAGCCCGAAGUCCAGCACCAAAAGGUGCCCGGUCUCCAAUCCAAGCUCGACCCCACACCAGAAUACGACCAUCUCCCCACCGCUGACGGCGGCCGCGAGCUCUACAAAGCCGCCGGAAAGCUCAAGGGCAAGAAAGCCAUCAUCACAGGCGGAGACUCUGGGAUCGGCCGCGCAAUUGCCGUUCUCUUCGCCAUGGAGGGCGCAGACAGCUUCAUUGCAUACCUACCGCAAGAAGAACAAGAUGCGCAAGACACGAAGAAGCUUGUCGAAGAGAAGGGCGCAAAGUGCUACACCUUUGCAACUGACCUUACCGACCGCGCAAACUGCAAGAAGGUGGUUGACGAGGCGAUGAAGCAAAUGGGUGGCAUUGACAUACUGUGCAAUAACCACGCGUACCAGAUGAUGGUGGAGGACAUCAAGGAUCUGGAUGAGGACCAGUGGGUUCACACUUUCAACACUAACAUCCACCCCUUCUUCUACCUGUCCAAAUACGUCCUGCCACAUAUGAAGAAGGGCUCGACUAUCAUCAACAACGCCUCUAUCAACGCGUACAUCGGCCGCCCAGAUCUCCUCGACUACACAUCAACAAAGGGCGCGAUUGUCGCCUUUACUCGCGGUCUGUCCAGUCAGUAUGUCAGCAAGGGCAUUCGUGUUAAUGCUGUUGCACCUGGUCCUGUAUGGACGCCUUUGAUUCCGGCGACGAUGAGCUCGGAUGCGAUCAAGCAGUUCACAGCGCCCAUUGGGAGGCCAUCACAGCCCAGCGAGAUUGCGACCGUCUUUGUCUUCUUGGCGAGCAAUGAUAGUAGUUCGAUCAGCGGGCAGACUAUUCACCCCAACGGUGGUACUAUUGUCAGCGGUUAA